AGGGAAGCUUGAAUAUUGUGAAGGUUAUCGUUGAAUAGAAUAUUCUCGCGUUCAUACAACGGCGCUUAUGCGUUUUUAAGUCUUGUCAGCGAAUCGUUAUUCACCAACAUGUCUGAGUAUCUGGAUGUUGAAGCAGAGGAGAGCGAAGGAGAAACCAGUGAAAUUGCAAGUCAUUCUCGCAAAAAUGUUCCUGCUAAUAUUAGUGACGAUGAUGACGACGAAGAGGACGAUGAAGCUAAGUAUGCUGAGGAAUUCCGCGACUUCAUCGCGAACGCCGACGUUGAUGAUAGUGAUGUGGAAGACGACAGCCGAGUUCGAGGUCGUAAAAGACAGGGUAGCCAUUUAGAGAAGUUAGAUGACCAAUUGGAAGACGAUGAUUAUGACCUUCUUGAGGAGAAUCUUGGGAUCAAGGUUCAGCGCAAGAAGAAAUUCCGCAGAGUUAGAGUUGAAUCCGAGAGCGAAGAGGAAAUAGAACAUCCGGAAGAACCAUUCGAUCAAAAUGAAGUCGGAUCUGACGAGGAAAAUCGAUCGGGUGCAGUCAGGGAGGGUUCGAUGGAGACGGACAAUAUGUCACAAGGAAGUGCUGAUUCAUUGCGGCUGACUGAUCUCGAUGAUGACGAUGAGCUCGAUGAUUUCAUCGUUGAUUCGGAAGGGAAUUCUGUUCGAGAAAGACGCCGUAAAUUUAAAAGACACAACAUUAUGAGCAGUGUGGAUUAUGCUGCUCUUCAGGAGGCUCACGAAAUCUUCGGUUGUGAUCUCGAUUAUGUAUAUCAGUCCGGACAAGCUUCGGACAAGGAGGAUAAUCGUCCUCACCGAGGUGAAGAUUACUAUUCGGAAGACGACGUAGAACUAGAAGAUGCUGGGAGUACGGAGAGGUUAUCUCGCGGGAGAAAUCACCGCAACCCCAAAGGAUCCAUUCAUAAACAGCCGAAAGUGUCCAUCUUCGAAUUGUUCGAGCCGGCUGAUCUCGAGAGGAAUCAUUUCACUGAUCGAGAUAAUGAUUUGCGGAACACAGACAUUCCUGAAAGAAUGCAAGUGCGCUGUGUUCCAGUCGUACCGAUUGACGCAAAAGAAAAUGCUGAUGAAUUCGAGGCAGAAGCCAACUGGAUUUAUCGACAUGCAUUUGAUGUGGUACCCACUGUCUCGGAUCAAAGGAUGCGAUUGAAGAUUCCACAUGGUUAUCCCAAGGAUGCGGAUCAACGAGAACAGGACGAAUCUUUAGGUCGGCAGCUGGAGGCCCAGACCGCGAUUAAGAAUACGCUUCGCUUUUUUCGCGAACAGCAUUUGGAAGUCCCGUUCAUCCGCAAUUAUCGAAGGGAAGACAUUUCCAACCUUUCACCCGAACAUUUAUGGCGCAUUUACGACUUCGAUGCAAAAUGGUGUCAGCUGAAAGUCCGCAAGGCAAAGUUGUGUGAUUUGAUGAGUAAUAUGAUGAUGUUCCAACAAGGGAAAUGCUUGGAAUUGACGGAAGACGAACUUCGGGAAGAUAUCCGUCCUGUAACAGCUGACGAUGUUCGAAGAAUGUCUCAAUUGGAGACUGAGGAAGAACUGAACGACGUGUACUCGCAGUUCCUCAUGUACUAUUCCGACGAUUUGCGAGAAAUGAAUGAGCUUCUGCGACAAAAACGCAUUGAAGCCCGUCUGAAGGACCUCGCCGAUCGUCAGCGUCAGGCAAAACUGAUGGGUAACUCUGUUGAGGGUAGUGCUGCUGUUGAAGCUAUAGUUGAAAAUAACGAAGAUCAGCCGGAAUAUUACAAAGACCUGGCGACGGAAUACGAAGAGGGAGAUUUUCGAUUCAUUGCAGCAGUUAAGCGGCAUCCUUAUAACACUUUUCGUCGGGCGGGAUUGGCUCGCUUCGCUUCAAUGGUCGGCUUGCCUCCACACAAAUUUGCCGAGAAUGUGAGCGAGUAUCUUCAACGAAACGAACCGGAAACUGUGCCUCGGGAUCCCAUGGAAGUCGCAAAGGAGUUCGUCAGUCCGAAGUUUCCAAAACCGGAAGACGUCAUCAAGGCAGUCAAGUUAAUGGUUGCCCACGAGCUGGCUGCUGAACCGGAUGUACGAAGCUUCGUGCGUUCCAAAGUAUUUUCUGAUGCCACUCUGAAUGUGCGAGCAACUAAGAAAGGGUUUACUGAGAUUGAUGAGAAUCAUUCAUUGUUCAAGUACAAAUACUUGUCCGAGAAACCGGUGAUGUCGUUGGAGAAUGAUUUGUAUCUGAUCCUGUCAAACGGUGUGAAGGACGGGCUGCUCACAAUGACCUUAAAUUGCGAAUGCAUCAGCACUGAUUCUCGGACCAGGAAGCACCUGGUGGAUGAACUCACGGAUUUGUAUGUUCAGGAUGCCUACUCCCAUCACGUCAAAGUUUGGAAUGAAAUUCGACGGGAAAUAAUUCAAGUGAUGCUCAGUCACAUUUUGAUUCCGGACAUUCGGAAGGAUUUGGAAAACCGCUUGUUGCUGGAGGCACAGGAGCAUAUCUUGAUGUCGUGUAUCGACGAGCUUCGUGAUGCUGUCAAAAUAGCGCCGUAUCGUCCAAUAGACGACGAGAAAAGCGAGGAAGACGAGGACUGGGAUAAUUCCCGUGGAAUCCGUGUGCUGGGUCUAGCCUACGACGACGUCGAUCCAACAUUGGCUCCGUUCGCGGCUGUCAUCGAUAAAAAUGCCGCGGUGCUCGAUUUUCUGCGUCUUCCUGCCUUGUUGCGAUUUCGGAAUGGAACAUUCAGCGAAGACUCGCAGAACGACUUAGAACGCCUCCGAAAACUGAUUCUGAAGCGGAAACCGCACGUGGUGGCAUUGAGCGCCGAGUCCCGAAUGGCCUUGCAAUUGAUGCGCGAAUUGCAAAAAAUGUUGGAGGAUAUGACUUUUUCUGCUGAAGGCUUUCCCCAUGUGACUGUUGAACUUGUGGAUACGUCACUUGCGAAGCUUUUUGGGAGCUCCAGUCGAGGUCAAGAAGAGAUGCCGAAGUUUCCGAAGGUCCUUCGGGAAGCUGUCAGCAUAGCGAGGCGACUUCAAAACCCAUUGCUGGAGUACGUUCAGCUGUGUACCCAUGAUGACGAAAUCCUUUGCUUGAAACUACAUCCCCUGCAAGACCACGUUGGACGCGAUGACUUGCUCAAUGCUUUACACCGCGUUCUGAUCGACAGAGUUAACCUGGUCGGAGUGGACCUCAAUGUCUGCGCAAACAGUACUUAUUCUGCGCAGUGUUUGCAAUUUGUUUCCGGUUUGGGUCCCCGCAAAGCCGCUGCGAUAUUGAAAACCAUGCACCAGAAGGGCCUCCGAAUCGAGAACAGACAACAGCUCGUGACUGAUUUACAUUUCGGUCCUCGUGUGUUCGUCAACUCUGCGGGUUUCAUUAAAAUCGACACGAGCGGCUUGGGUGAUAGUACGGAUGACGCUGUGAAUCUGCUGGACGGCACUCGAGUUCAUCCCGAAUCGUAUGAAUUGGCACACAAAAUGGCCAUCGAUGCUCUUGACUGGGAUCAUGAUGCUGAUCCGGUCGCUGCCCUGGAGGAAAUUUUCGUGGCUCCUGAAAAACUGCAUGAUUUAGACUUGGAAGCGUUUGCUAAUCAACUGAAAGAAAAUGGUGCAGGGGAAAAGUUGAAGACCCUUGAAGACAUUCGUUACGAGAUCGGAAAUCCCUACAAGGAUUGGCGGGAACCCUAUAAUCCUCCUACAGCGGAUGUAAUCUUUUCCUGGUUAUCAAAAGAGACGCCCGAUACCAUAUUUCCUGGCAAACUCAUGACUGGCACUGUCGUCGGCGUAACUUACAAGGAUGAAAAACCUCGUGACGACCGAAAUGGACGGCGGUAUGAGAAUAACAACAACGGCGAUGACCGAAUGCGACGUGACGACGAUAACUACGAUUCGAGAAGAGAGAAUUAUGACGAUGAAAGCUGCAGAAGCGAUGAAAUGAGGCGCGAAGAAAGAGAUGAUCCAAUCCGCGAGAAUGAUCCUGAUGAUAGAACACAAUCCGCGGGAAACGGCCAAAAUGCAUCCUCUCACGAUGAAAACCCUCAUUCGGAAGCUGGCGACAACUGCGAACCAUCAUACCGUGAAGAACCCAGGGAUAAUGAUCAACGUGAAAAUGAUCCUGAUCCUUCUGACGAGGAUCGUCCUAUUCGUUUGGACUCCGGGCUCUGGCGGUGUCACGUCUGCAAACGUGCCAACUUUCGGGAAUUGGCGGAUGCUUGCGAACAUGUUCUGCAGGGGGGUUGUCCGGGCUAUCCGUUCGGGGUGCGUUUGCGGAUGGAGAAUGGGAUACCGGGAUUCAUUCCGCUGAAUAAGAUCAGUAAUUCCACGGUAAUGGACCCGUGGGAAAGGGUGCGCAUCGGUCAGGUUGUUCUCGUCCGAGUUCUGAAGAUCGACAUAGAACGAAUCAGUCUUGAUUGCUCGUCCUCCUCGGAUACUUUGAGUGACCUCAGCUGGUUGAGAUCGAGGGACAAAUAUUAUGAUUAUUCUCUGGACGAGGAGGAGCAAGAAAAGGCGUCGACCAUGCGUAGGCUCACUCUCCGACGGACAAAUGCUUACAGAUCGCGUGUUAUUGUGCAUCCUAAUUUCCUGAAUGUGGAUUAUACCGGUGCUGAGGCAUUGAUGAAGAAUAGACAGCAGGGAGACGUCGUCAUUCGUCCUUCGAGCAAGGGCACGGAUCACCUGACUGUCACAUGGAAAGUUGCCGAGGGAGUCCUGCAGCACAUAGAUGUACUUGAAGACAACAAAGACAACGUGCUGAGCCUUGGAAAGUGCCUGUGGAUAGGUCAAGAACGUUUCGAGGAUUUGGACGAAAUCGUAGCACGUCACGUGACUCCUAUGGCAGCACACGCCCGCGAUAUUCUGAUGUACAAGUAUUUUCGGAAUACCCAGGGCGGAAAUCGGGAAAUUGCCGAAGAAAUUCUUGUGGAGGAAAAGCGUAGGACUCCGAACAGAAUUCCUUAUAUCGUCUCCAUCGUUACGCCUCAAAACGGUCAAGCGGGACAGUUUUUGUUGUCGUAUCUACCUCGGUUGACCAGCAGGCACGAAUUCUUCUCCGUGACGCCGAGUGGAUACCUGUUCCGCCGGAAGAGCUUUCAUUCUCUGAAUUCAAUGUUCCGAUGGUUCAAGGAAAAUUUUUAUGAGCCCCGGCCAAACGUGUCUCGGAGCCGAUCAUCAAACACACCUAUGUCUUCCGGACGGACGCCUCUUCCUGAUGAGAAAUUGUCGGUACCGGGUCAUCCGCCAGCCGUUCAAAUCACGGUCGCGCACCCGCCGGUCGUCAAGUGCCAGUCGGUCCAACCGCCAGCCAGGGCAGUUCUUGGCCUUGCCAAUCCCCAGUCCACCAAACUGCGGUCUGGUCACCCGAUUGUUGGGGCACCCAAACAAUUG